UGGUACCAAAAUAUUCAUAAUUUCGCGCAAUAAAAACACCCUCGAGGCCUUUUGUUGUGUGGCCGUCCACCAUCUCUCCCUCAGUCUCCCUCUCUCAGAGAGAACAGGGCCUAUGACAACAAACAAAGAUACUCCUACUGUAGCGUCACAACCUGGCCUUGAGUGUUGCAUGUGUGGCGAUUAUGGUUUCUCCUACGAGCUUUUCCAAUGCAAAGUUUGCGAAUUCAGAUCGCAGCACAGUUAUUUUUCCCUCUGAACAAUUCGAUCGUUACUGCAGGUACUGUAGCAAUCUCUACCCGAAGGCCGAGUCUUAUCGGAUUUGCAAUUGGUGUUUGAGUCAGAAGGAGGACGCCAAAGAAAAGUCACAGAAUUCAUCCAAUUCUUCAUCGUCGAACAAGAAUCAGGGCGAAGACGAUAGCAAGAGCAACAGAAGGAAUGGUAACGGUGACAAUCUCGCAAACCUGAAAGGACAAAGAGACACUUCGCAGUUAAAACUCAACGUUCCCAUCAAGAAACAGAGAUCGCCGGAUGGAUCGCCGUCUCCGUCGCCAUCGCCGUCGGCCCGAAAGAGGAUCAUCACGAAUGCUCGUAUGGAAGAGAAGCUGAGGAGAACCAAAUCGGAGGAGAUAUCAAACAGAAUUGGAGUCACCAGGCCUUUGCUCAGGAGUAAGGUGAGAAGGUAUAAGCUUUUGGAUGAGGUUUCAAGCUAAUUCCUGAGCAAUAAUAUGGCUUUUUGUUAAAAAAAAAUAAUUAAUAAACUAAAAUAAAGUUACAGAGACAGUUUUGGUUUUGCUUGUCAUCUUUUUUGUACCUUUGCACAGAAAAUCCAGGUCAGUGUUCUCAUCCAUUCUCUCUUUAACUCCUUUGUAUAGAAUGUCACUGUAAUUCGCCAUAAAUCUUGGUUUAAUACCAAUAAUCAGUGGAGAUAUUGCUAUGCACUGAUCAAGAUUGAUAACGACA